CUCUAGACUCUGCAGACAUGUCGUUGGGAUCGGUUAAGCCUCUGGUAUUCCUGGCUGCAAUGCUGGUUGCCUCUAGCGAGGCUGUGAUGCGGCCACUGCCGCCUUACAUGGGCAUGCCCACACAGGACGGUCUAACCCGUCUGUUCUUCAACUCACGGGUGACACAUCGCGAUCCGAAGACGUCGGUGUCCUGCUUUGCUGGCUACAUUGGCGAAUCGAAUCUCAUUGCGGAGCAGUACAGUGGAGCCUACAGUGAAUGUCUGCAGCAGGCGCAGAAGUCACGUCGCGGCAUCGACACUGACUUCCUGCCAACUCGCAGGAAAAUCGAACAAUCCGCCCAGUCUGUCUGCAGAGCUCUAACGAAAUGCAACCAGGUUAGAGGCACGCUGGACUCCUUUAACUGCCAUGCAGCAGCGGGCUCCAACAAUACAAUUUCGACAUACGGCAUUUCGGGCAACGCUUCAGAGUCGGCCACAUUGCUGCAGGAACGCUAUCGCCUAAUCGAUCUGAAUCAUGAGCAGUGCAAUCACAAAGCCGAGCGCACCUACGUCGAGUCUACGGCCAGCAACUACAAUUACUUGCAGGCCUGUCUCGACGGUCGCAUCAAGCCGAAGCCCAUACCCACGACCACCAGCAGCAGCUCAACAACGACAACGACCACAACCACGACGACGACCACCGAGGCGCCAACCACGCCGGAGGCAACAACUACGGAUGCCCCGCCAGCCAAUCUGGAAGAUCAGUUUAAGCAGCUUUUAAACUUGCUAAACUAAUGCCAAAGCGUCUUAUCAACUACUUUGGCGAGCUCUUCAAGAGCUAACCUUUUAACAUUAGACAGCAAAUAUUUAACUAAAUAUACUUAAAAGCAAAUGUAACAAAACUAAGGCAGAUCAACUUUGCCCAUGCAUGAAGAACCUUUCCCUAAAGUCUUUUUUGAGAUUGCGCAACUAUUGAAAACUAUAAGAGCGGCAACAACUUAUUAUUAGAAGUAGUAAUGCAGGGCAUAAGGUCUGCCUUAAUCAAAUGUGUGUAAGGGAACAGCGGAAGUAUUGGUAGAACCCAUAACGCAUAAACAUAUGCUUAAUAAAGAUCAACAGCUGAGUG